AUGACAAACACCACCGGCGCCUUUCAGGAGUGGACCGAUGAUAUUGAGAAGGCGCGCGCCAACCUUGGCAUCCAGGGGAUGAGUGUGGCUGUUGUCCACAAAGGCAGGAUUAUCUAUGCUCAGGGCUUUGGUAAGAGAAAUGAUACGGAUCCAUUCACCCCAGAGACAAUCGCCAACAUCGCCUCAAUGACCAAGGCAUUCACUGCCGCCGCAGUGGGAGAACUGAUUGCUGAGAACAAGGCUAAGUGGGAAGCCCCUGUCAGUGAGUACCUCCCCGAGUUCAAGCUCAAGGACCCUCGCCUGACCGCCGAGAUCAACUUUAUCGACCUGCUCGCUCACCGAACAGGCUACGUUGGGCAGGACUUUGAAUGGUACCAACGGUCCAAGGACUGGAUUGAGCUCAUCAAGCUGCUGAGACACGUCGACCCAGUGGUACCCUUGCGAUCGAAAUUCAUCUACACCAAUACCAUGUACUGCGUGGCGGGCGAGGCUGCGGGAAGGAUUGCUGGUACCUCCUAUGAGCAAGUCGUUUACGACAAGUUGUUUCAACCUAUUGGCAUGCAAUCGACUGGCAUGUUUAUGGAUGAGUUAGUGAGCCGCCCGAACCACGCGCUGCCUUACACAGGCAAGUCGUUUGAGGCUCUACAGUGCGGGGAGACGCGUCAAGUUCCACUCAAGCACUACCCCAUCCCGACACCCCCUUCUGGCGACAUUUGCUCGAACGUGAUCGAUCUUGCCAAGUGGGCCAAUGUGAUGCUGCAUGGCGGACAGCUGAAUGGAGUGCAAGUGCUGCACAAGGAGACGGUUGAAAUGGUGACCACCGCUUGGAUUGUUCAGAAAGUCCUUCCGCCUCGAGAUCCAGACUCGAGCCUUUCAGCAUAUGGUAUGGGCUGGUUCAUUGAGCAGUACAAGGGGCGUCACACCAUUCUCCAUGCUAGCACAAUCCCAUACUACAUUGCCGAUCGCGUGCUCAACCUACCCAGGACAAAAGACUGGCUUUUCGAGGUUGCCGUUCAAGAAACAAGGGACCUGUACAGGUUUUUUGGCGCCGACAACAAUCCUGAAAUUUUGGACAGUCUCUUCCCUCCGCGUUUGCAACAAAAACCUCCGACGCGCCUUCUUGAGGAGUUUGCAGGCGAAUACACCCACCCUUAUGCCCAAAAGAUUUUUAUCCGAAUCGAGCCUGGCACAAGCGAGGAGGACGGCGCGCCUGCUUUGGCAUGCAAGCUCGGCGCUUUUGAUCGUACCUUGGAGCACUAUCAUUACGACUCCUUCCGCCUCCAGCUGUUGGAUGAUCUCAUAGACGAUACGUUUGCUUAUCCACUGUUGCUGACGUUUGUCGCAGGCCACGACGGCUUGGUCAGCGAGUGCCGAGUGCUCAUGUUGGGCAAAGAGCAAGUAUUUACAAAGGUCCAGCCGGAUACCAUUUAA